AUCUGCCUUCUAAACACGUAACAAGAUAUUAUAUAUUUAUAUAUUCCAACUUCACUUUCUUAUACUCUGGGUGAGAGACUGAGAGGCCCAGAGCACUCCAUUAGAAUCCGGAUAUUGAAAUGUAUAUAUAGCCAUACAGUACAGCUGCUGCUUCCCUCGCUAUUCACUUUUUAGUGAUAUCAUAAAAAAUACUGAACCUGAACCAUUUGAUAAACCAUCUUUUUGAUUGACCCAGUCAACCAAAAGGUUAAUCAUCUUUUGGCGCACAGGAAAACCUGCUCCGUUUAUGAGACAACCACACAAGAUAAUUAUAAGAAAUAAAGAAAUAAUAAAUCGAAUAUUAAACUAGGGACGACCCCACCACCACAAUUCACCUUCCGCUUUGCCUCCUUAUUACCCAUCUUGGAUCCCUACAUUUGAGAAGAAAAAAAAAAUUGUCAAACUUUCAAAAGCAUUCGGUCUAACACCUCUCUCUCUAGCUCUUUUAGUCACAUAAAAGAGAGAGCUUGCUCUAUUUCAUUUCCAUUCGUUUGUAACUUUGUUUUUGCUUCUUUUCAUGGCUCUGCUCACUUUUGUACCAGAGGCGACCACAGAGUCCAAGAAAUCACCACCAUCAAAACGCCAGCGAAAGCAAUCGAAGCAACAGCGAAAACCACAGUCUUCAUGGGACCAAAUCAAGAACCUUCUCACCUGUAAACAGAUCGAGGGGUCAAGGGUACAUGAUCCAUCAAAGAACCCCACCGCGUACUCUAAACUGGGAUCUUCAUGUAGCUCCAUAUGUAGCUUCAGAGACGUGGUUCAUGGCAACAGCAGGGUGGUUCACAGAGCAGACAACUCGCCCGAGAGUAGCAGUGUAGGACAGGAAACUAGGCUUCUUAAUCGGAAAGCCGAAGCCAGCAAGUCUUCGAGUACUCGAUCUUUGUCGAGAUCUAAUGGUGGCACUGCGUACACGUCGUCUUCUAGAGGAAUGCAAUUCAGAAAGCUGUCUGGCUGUUAUGAAUGUCACAUGAUCGUUGACCCAAGCAGGUACCCAGUUGCAAGGAGUACCAUCUGUGCAUGUUCUCAGUGCGGAGAGGUCUUCCCCAAGAUUGAAAGUUUGGAGCUUCACCAAGCAGUUCGCCAUGCUGUAUCGGAGCUAGGUCCUGAAGAUUCGGGUCGAAACAUCGUGGAGAUAAUCUUCAAAUCAAGCUGGCUCAAGAAAGACAACCCGAUCUUCAAGAUCGAACGGAUCCUAAAGGUCCACAACACGCAGCGGACCAUCCAACGGUUCGAGGACUGCCGAGACGCAGUGAAAACACGCGCACUCAACAGCACCAGAAAGAACCCCAGAUGCGCAGCCGACGGAAACGAGCUAUUGCGGUUCCACUGCACCACCAUAUCAUGCGCGCUGGGAGCACGUGGCGCGUCCAGCUUGUGCGGCUCCGUACCGGGCUGCGGGGUGUGCACGAUCGUCAGGCACGGGUUCCAAGGCAAGGCAGGUGGUGAGAGCAAGGGAGUGCGGACCACUGCCAGCAGCGGUAGGGCCCACGACUCCUUGCGUUGUACGGACGGGCGCAGGGCCAUGCUGGUGUGCCGUGUGAUCGCUGGCAGGGUUAAACGUAAUGCGGACGACGCGCCGCCGGAGGAGGAUGGCCUGUCGGCUGGCUCAUACGAUUCUGUAGCCGGCUACACCGGGAUCUACUCCAAUCUCGAAGAGUUAAUCCUUUUCAAUCCAAAGGCUAUCCUUCCUUGUUUUGUAGUCAUUUACGAAGCUCUAGAGUCUUGAACAUACAAAACGUCAUCGUUUCGAGCUUGAAUUUUGUCUAUUUUCGCUUUGAUAUCUCAUCAAAUUCACAACAUCACUGAAUCGAAUGGAUGGCUUAAUCAACAUUUGUGGUAGUUUCUCAUUGUAUAUAGAUUUUUAUUUCUUUUUUUAUUAUUAUUAUUAUUUUCA